CAGUCAUGGCAACGGAACUUGUUCAGAAGUUAUUGGCAGAUGUUCCAGAAUCUCGAUCAACUCUCGUGGAUUGUGUGACGACUCCGAACGAAAUGACGUCACCGGUGUUCAGUCUUUUGAACCGUUUGAUCGAGACGUUCCUGGGCAAAGAUUACGACCUUUGUAUCAAGUUAUGUGAACCUUUGCUGGACAUUACUUGGGAGAAGCUUAACACUGGACACUGGAAAGACGUCCAUGUUUGCUGGCGACACCUAUACUCGCUAGUAUCACUACUAAAGGGCGUGAGUCAAGUAGUUAUAACAACCAGCUGUGUUACCGAUACCGGAAGUGGUGCGCUCAAAGACGAUCUGACAAACUCAAUUAAGACUUUCGAUAUGGGACUGUUGAUGGGAGCACCUAUAUUUGGCAAUGUUCUUUCAAAAAUGUCAGUAUAUGUUCAUAAUUAUUUGGAUACGUAUUUAAAUUUACAGCUUUCUUCAGCAGAAUCAUUUCCUUUGAACCAAAAAGAACAUACCAGUGAGAGCGAUUCUAAAAUAAAGCCACCUUAUGAUUCAGUGAAUCAUGGUUUUGUAAUUGACAAAAGUGAUGAUCUCGAGAAUCCUGAAAACCCACCAAAGAGACAAAAGACGGGAACUAGCGAUAUUGAAAUAAAUAUGGAGAACGAAAUUCAGCGAAUAAGCUGCCCUUCAAUGGAAUACUUUCGGAAGGAGUUUUUGUUGACGAAACAGCCUGUUAUUAUAACAAAUGCUAUGGAUCAUUGGCCCGCUAUGGACAAGAGGAGAUGGUCUCUCAACUAUCUCCAGAAAAGAGCGGGGUACAGAACAGUUCCCAUAGAGAUAGGAUCUAAAUACACAGAUGACAAAUGGACCCAGAAAUUAAUGACAAUUGGGGAAUUCAUCGAUCAGUUUAUUACAACGGAAAUGAAGAGCUCGACAGACGACAUAAGUCUGAGGUCGAAACAUGUCAAUCCAGUUGGAUACUUAGCACAGCAUCAACUUUUUAAUCAAAUUCCAGAACUUCUAGAUGAUAUAUUGAUUCCUGAUUAUUGUCUUCUUGGCGGAACCGGAAGUGAGAAUCCGGAUACAAGUGAUGCUUGUAGACAAGAAGACACCGAAGAUGUUGAUAUAAAUGCCUGGUUUGGUCCCAAGGGAACAGUUUCACCACUUCACCACGACCCAAAAGAGAACUUCCUUGCUCAAGUUGUUGGGCGGAAGUACGUUCGAUUGUAUUCGGAGGCCAUGACUCCUUAUCUUUACCCAUAUGACGGUUUUAUGGACAACACCAGUCGAGUUGAUAUAGAACAUCCGAACUUCUCGAUGUUCCCGCGCUUUAAAAACGCCACCUACCGGGAGUGUGUCCUGGACGAAGGCGAGAUGCUGUUUAUCCCGCGAAAGUGCUGGCAUUUUGUAAAGUCACUUUCGAUAAGUUUUUCUGUCAGUUUCUGGUGGAAAUAACAUAUUAAACAUAUGUCUCGUCAGUAUUUA